CAUGCUAACGACCCUCCAGCUGAAUGAAGUUGCGCGGGUUCACCAGACUUGCACGCAUUUCCUCGUGCGUUCUCAAGGAGAACAGCUACAAACCGAGCCUUUUCUGCGUCUCCAGGAGGUACUGUUCUUCAGAGAUGGAUUUGAUAACACAGGCUAAACAGUCGGCGGCGUACCAGGCCAUAGACAACCACGUAAAGAACGGCCAAGCUUUGGGGAUAGGGUCGGGUUCUACAAUCGUGUUUGCUAUCAACAGACUAGCGGAAAGGGUACAAGAGGAAAACCUGAAUGUUGUCUGUGUGCCAACAUCAUUCCAGUCCAAGCAGCUGCUGACAGAGAAAGGCCUGGCAGUGUCUGACCUGGAGCGCACACCAUCGCUUGAUGUGGCCAUAGAUGGAGCUGAUGAAGUAGACAAAGAUCUCAACCUCAUCAAGGGGGGAGGUGCUGCCUGUACACAGGAGAAGAUUGUUGCUUCCUGUGCCAAGUACUUUGUGGUGAUUGCAGAUCACAGGAAAGACUCCAAGUUACUUGGUGAGCAGUGGAAGAAGGGAGUUCCCAUUGAGGUUAUCCCCAUGGGUUAUGUUCCUGUCAUCAGGGCCAUCGAGAAGAAACUGGGAGGGAAGGCUGAACUCAGGAUGGGAGCAAACAAGGCUGGUCCUGUUGUUACUGACAAUGGCAACUUCAUCCUGGACUGGAAGUUUGACGAGACAAAAGACUGGAAGAAAGUGAACAUGGAAAUCAGCAUGAUCCCUGGUGUGGUGGAGACCGGUUUGUUUAUCGACAUGGCACAGCGGGCGUACUUCGGCAUGCCGGAUGGCAGCGUCACCUUUAGGGAAAAACUUUCCAGAAACGGAACACCUGAAUGUGACGAGAGCGAAAAAUAGCAAACAUCAGAACAGUCUUACAAUUGUAGUAGAUGUUAGGAGAAUGAGAGGGAAAUAGGUCCUACAUUUGUGAAGAAAAUACACAUAUUUUUGGUAUGCAGUCAAGAAAUGUUACCUUUGAGAUUUUUUGAAAAUUCAAACAACCGGAAAAAGAACUAAGUAGAUGUAACUGGAAGUAGAGCAAGAAAAUAGAAUCUUUAAAUUGACAAGUACAUACGUAUCAAUUUUUUUCUACAAGUCCAGAAAUGCAAGAUGUAACAAUGUGAUAUGGUUAUACGCAUUUUCUUUAUUAUUUAUUUAUAUCAACCUAAGCAUGACAAGGUGCUUACUACUCUGUCAUAUAUUUUUCUACUGGGGCAUCUCAUAUUUUACACAAUCAUCUGUAUUUCAGUGUCAGUAAAACAAAGAUUAUUACAUGACACAUCUCACCUUCAGCAGGAUAUCUUCAGGGUUCAUCAAUGGGUAUAGGAUGGACUGCCAUGUCAAUGACUAUGCUAACUGUAUACCGUAUUUUGGUAAACUUGGACUUUGCCUCUAUCCCUUGUAAAAUAAAUGUACAUCUGACUAUGUAGGUAACAUUUUUUUUUAAAUGCAUUAUUUACAACACUUACAGGGAAAGUCUCAUCAUGAUCUUCCGUGGUUAGCAAGCGAAAGUAGUGAGCCAGCGGUCACUACGGAGGAUGGUACUCAGGCUACGUUUUUGUGCCUUUUGUACUAAAAGUAGUCUUUGUAUAUUUAAUAGGUUUUCAUAUUUUCUUCCAGCAAAACAACAACUGUGUGGAGAAUAAACCUCACAUUUUUAGACAGAUCCUUAGAUGUCUGUAAGAUGACUACAGGGAAAAUCAUUGCCUUUGAAGUUGUUCAUCCUUGUUUACCCUAGAUAUGGAUAACUACUCAAGACUGAAUCAAUGUGUGAAAAGUAGGUAAUUAAAUUUUGUGUGGAGCAUUGCCAGGCAGAGUGUGGUUUGUUACAAAGACUUGGUACCCCAGGAAAAAAAUACAUGCUUUAUUCACAA